CACGUGGUCUGCCCGGUUCCGGCACGGCAGAGGCCCCGGGUGGUGAACGAGUCUCCGGCACCAUGACUGGUUUGUCUGGCCCACGAGCCCGACCUGGCCCCGGCCCGUUGGCGUUGUUUUUGUUCCUGCUCGGCCCCAGCUCAGUCCUCGGUAUCUCUUUCCAUCUGCCCAUUAAUUCUCGCAAGUGUCUCCGCGAGGAGAUCCACAAGGACCUGCUGGUGACGGGAGCAUACGAGAUCACCGACCAGUCUGGGGGCGCUGGCGGCCUGCGGACCCACCUCAAGAUCACAGAUUCUGCUGGCCAUAUUCUAUACUCCAAGGAGGAUGCAUCCAAGGGGAAAUUUGCCUUUACCACUGAAGAUUAUGACAUGUUUGAAGUGUGUUUUGAGAGCAAAGGCACAGGGCGGAUACCCGACCAACUUGUGAUCCUAGACAUGAAACAUGGAGUAGAGGCGAAAAAUUACGAAGAGAUUGCAAAAGUGGAGAAGCUCAAACCACUUGAGGUGGAGCUACGACGCCUGGAAGACCUUUCUGAGUCCAUUGUUAACGAUUUUGCCUACAUGAAGAAGCGAGAGGAAGAGAUGCGUGAUACCAAUGAGUCAACAAAUACCCGGGUCCUGUACUUCAGCAUCUUUUCAAUGUUCUGCCUUAUCGGACUAGCCACUUGGCAGGUCUUCUACCUGCGUCGCUUCUUCAAGGCCAAGAAGUUGAUUGAGUAAUGGAGACGCAGUCAGUCUCCUCCCCACUGGAAUCCCAGCCAGCAGAACAUCGCUGGAACGUGCCUGGCCCAGGGCCUCCGACCAACAGCACCAUCAAGGCACGUUGGCUCUUUCUUGCCAGAACUGAUCUCCUGGUGUGGGAGGACAGGGGGUACCACCUGCACCCAAAAGUCAAUGAGGGACUUCUUUUAACUUGGUAGGAUUUGAAUUGCUUUUGUAACAAUAGGACUGUUAUUAGAGUCACCUACAACAAAAAAGAGAGGUUACCUAGAUAAUGCCAAAGCCAGCAUUCAUCCUGGGUUUCCUCAUGUGAUCAGUUUGAACCAUUUGCUUUCCUUCUCCCACUUGCUCACCAGCUUGGGCUUUCAUUCUAGUUCUUUUGAUUUGUAUGAUCACAUGGGACUUGUUUCAUACUGUUUGUGAUCUUUGGGUUUUCCUAUGAAAACACCAUGAGCUUUGUCUUUGCCCUUAGCCAAAAAGUUUACAUAGCUUCUGGUGAUACUUUUCAUAAUUUCAUGUCUCUUUUAAAAAGGUCAUGGAUGUGACACCUCAUAAAAAGGAGGAGUGAACUGAAGAUAAACUCUUAAAGAAAAUCUCAUUUUAGAUUUAUAAUAUUUGUGCUAAACUGCUUGAACCUUGUUUAUGUUACUUCUAUGCAAUUUCAUCAUGUGUAGAUUCAUAUGACCAUCGGAAGAGACAGUACAAUCCCAUCACAUACGUCCUUCAUUCUGCCCUCAUAGAGCCACAGCCACUGUCCAUAUGGUACCCUUUCCCCAACCUCAGGCAACUGUGAAUCUGUCCACUAUCUCCAUAAUUUUGCCAUUUAAGAAAUGUUACAUAAGUGGAAUCAUAUAGAAUACGACCUAUUGGGAUUGACAUUUUUCAUUUAAUAUCAUUCCCAGGAAAUUUAUCCAAAUUGUGGCAUGUAUUGAUACUUUGUUCCUUUUUAUUGCUGAGUAAUAUUCCAUGGUUGUGGAUGUACUGAAGUUUAAACAUUCAUUCACUAAAGGACAUACAGUUUGUUUUCAGUUUGGGGCCCUUCCUAAUAAAACUUUUGUGAGC